AUGGAAAUGUGUGAGCGGAAUCCUUUAAAUCCCGGUUAUGUUGGUUCUCUGUUGAAUUUUGCGUCCCCCGAGUCGCUGUAUUUCUCCAACUUGCGGGGUAAUGGAGCCCACAUACCCGGGCUGCAUCAGAUCCCUUACAAUAGGAGAGAGGUGUGCACGCUCCCGUGGACUUCCUCAAGUUCGUGCACGUCUGGACCUCCAGCACCACCUCAGAGCCGCGCCUUUGGCGGCUACUGUCCGCCGUUUCUGUCCAACUCGGUGUCUAUAAAUUCUAACUCCUCUGGUGGCCACGUCAAGGCGCAUUUGGAGGAGUCGGCUCGGUGCUUCCAGAACACAAACCACAAGACACCGGAGUCUACCAGACAAGAUGAAGUUUACGCUGGGGAGCACGGGGCCGCCAGUGACCGCGGCUACUCAGAUCUGGAAAGCCGGUCUCUGAGUUCUGCGGCCCAGCUUGAUCCGAAUUCAGCAGGUCCACUAAAUGUGAACAGCACCAAACAGGAGCUGAAUCCCGUUCACCCAUCGCCAGGUCACACAUGCUCCAGGACGACUUUUACAGAAGGUGCCCCAUGGUGCUCAUCACAAGUGAAAACCAGAAAGAAGAGAAAGCCUUACUCGAAACCUCAGCUGGCCGAACUUGAGAAUGAAUUUAUGAUGAACGAAUUCAUCAACAGACAGAAACGAAAGGAACUGUCGGGCAGACUGGACCUGAGCGACCAACAAGUAAAGAUAUGGUUUCAGAACCGGAGGAUGAAGAAGAAACGACUGAUGAUGCGCGAGCAUGUUUUCUCCGCAUACUGA